AUGUCCGCCGCCCGCCUCCUCUCCCGGGCCGUCCGCCCCGCGGUCGCCCCCCGCGUUCCGGCGCUCGCCCGCGCGCUCGCGACCCCGGUCAAGACUUCCGACCCCAUCACCAAGACCUCGACCCUCUCGAACGGUCUUUCAGUUGUCUCGGAGACCAUCCCCGGCGCCUCGACCUCGACCGUUGGUCUCUGGAUCGACGCCGGCUCGCGCGCGGACGCCAGCAACGCUUCGGGCACUGCUCACUUCCUCGAGCACCUCGCGUUCAAGGGCACCAAGUCGCGCUCGCAGAUGCAGCUCGAGCUCGAGGUUGAGAACCUCGGCGCUCACCUGAACGCGUACACCUCGCGCGAGCAGACCGUCUACUACGCCAAGGCGUUCAACAAGGACGUCCCUGCCGUUGUCAACAUUCUUUCCGACAUUCUCCAGAACUCCAAGCUUGACGAGUCGGCUAUCGAGCGCGAGCGCGACGUCAUCCUCCGCGAGCAGGAGGAGGUUGACAAGCAGCUCGAGGAGGUCGUCUUCGACCACCUCCACGCUGUCGCCUUCCAGGGCUACGCUCUCGGCAACACCAUCCUCGGCCCCAAGGACCACAUCAACUCGAUCUCCAAGUCUGACCUCUCUGGCUACAUUGCCAAGAACUACACUGCCGACCGCAUGGCCCUCGUCGGUGCCGGCUCGGUCUCGCAUGAGGAGCUCGUUGAGCUCGCCAAGCAGCACUUUGCGGGCCUCCCCGUCUCGUCCAGCCCUAUCCCCCUCGGCCAGUCCGCAGGCGAGCCGACCAAGUUCACUGGCUCCGAGGUCCGCAUCCGUGACGACACCAUGUCGACCUGCAACCUCGCCAUCGCUGUUGAAGGUGUCGGAUGGCGCUCGGCCGACUACUGGCCAAUGCUCGUCAUGCAGUCCAUCUUCGGCAACUGGGACCGCUCGCUCGGCGCCUCGCCCCUCCUCUCGUCCAAGCUGAGCCACAUCAUCUCGUCGAACAACCUCGCCAACUCGUUCAUGUCCUUCUCGACCUCGUACUCGGACACUGGUCUCUGGGGCAUCUACGCAGUCUCGGAGAACCUCAUGAACCUUGACGACCUCACCCACUUCAUCAUGAAGGAGUGGCAGCGCAUGUCCAUCAACCCCACCACCGCUGAGGUUGAGCGCGCAAAGUCCCAGCUCAAGGCCUCGCUCCUCCUUGGCCUCGACGGCACCACCGCCAUCGCCGAGGACAUUGGUCGCCAGACCAUCACCACCGGCAAGCGCUUCACUCCCAAGGAGAUUGAGCGCUACGUCAACGCCGUCGGCGUCGACGACAUCAAGCGCUGCGCGCAGAAAUACCUUUGGGACAAGGAUUUCUCAAUGUGUGCUCUGGGUAGAACCGAGGGCGUUCUGGAUUAUAGCCGGAUGCGUGCGGACAUGUCCUCGCUCACGUACUAG